AUGGCGUUCAACCUGACCCCACAGCAGCUCCAGAAUCUCCAGAACCUCACGAGACUUCGCCGGAUUGAGCUGCAGCAGCAGUCGGUGGCGCUUCACCAGCCUCAGAGCAAUGCCGCCGCCGCCAACGUCGCUGCCCAAGUCCUCAACCCGAAUCCUGGAAAUCAUCCGCAGGUCAUCCAGCCACAGGUCAUCCAGCCACAGGUCGUCCAGACACAGGUCGUCCAAUCGCAAGUCUUCCAGCCACAGCUCGGCCCUCCUACUGGUCACCAUGUUAUCGGUACUCCCCCUCGACGCCGACGACGUCUGAGCCCGGCCGUCCAGCGGAUGAUCAACGAUGUCGGCCCCCAUAACCAGCAGAACCGUCGUGCCUUCAAGGCCUGGUACCGUGGCUACAAAAGCACGCUGCGAGCUAACCUGGGCCAGGCAUGGGACAAGAUGUCGGACGACAUGCAGAGCUACGGCGUUUCCAACCCAGAGAACUUCGUCGUCGAGUCUGGCCGCGACGAGCUGCAGGACAUUCUUCAGGUUCUCCCAAUUCAGCAUCAGCUGGCGCUGUUCGAUGUCGCGAUGGAGCGACAGAUGCAGAAGGGUGACAUCUCCAGCGGCAAAGUCGCUGUCUUCAAUUCGAUCGUUGGACGACCAAACGAUCUGCCUCUGGCCACCUCCUAA